AUGCGGGUGCCAAAUGCCAGCAGUAGGAGGAGCUUGCGGACAACAGAUGGCUUGCAAUCAGACAGCAAGCUGCCCACAGAAAAUGCCAUGUGCACAACAAGUGAACUGCAACCAGACAACAAGUUGCCCACAGAAAAUGCCAUGUGGACAGCAAAUGUCUUGCCCACAGCAAAUGUCUUGCCCACAGCAAAUGCCUUGCCAUCAGGCAACAAGUUGCGGGCAGAUGUAAGCCAAGCAUCAUGUGAUAGACUAGCAGAUAAGUCAGGUCAAAUUGGAUCACUAUAUGAUCCUUUUCAGUUGUAG